GUUCCGAGGAACUCGCACUCAGUUCCUAUUUCUCCUUUUCUUUGCAUAUGGACGAGGAUACGCCACUGCCGAUGCCAACGGUGUCUUCGACGAGGUGAUGCGUAUUAUGAACGGCGGAUUUAAAUACACAAACGUCCCGGACGCUGAGGAAUACGACUUCAUCGUCGUCGGAGCCGGUUCGGCAGGUUCCGUUAUUGCCAAUCGCCUAACGGAAGUACACCACUGGAAAGUGCUUCUUCUGGAAGCGGGCCGACGCGAAACCACAUUCUCGAAGACCCCGUUCUUGGCGCCCCUUCUACAAUUCACCGACUACAAUUGGAGAUACACAACGGAGCCCACGGAAAAAGCUUGCCUGGGUCUGUUAAACGGAAGAUGUCCGUGGCCCAGGGGAAAGGCGCUGGGAGGAUCGAGCGCCAUCAACUACAUGAUGUACGUUCGAGGAAAUCCGGAUGACUACGACCGUUGGCACAGUUUGGGCAACCCCGGAUGGUCGUACGACGACGUUUUACCUUAUUUUCUUAAGUCGGAAGACGCCAACCUGGCCAACGCCGAUCCCACAUAUCACCGGUCAGGUGGUUAUCAGCGAGUAAGUAAUACGGAAGUCUCGGAAUUGGCCGAGGUGUUCUUCGAGGCGGGACGCGAGCUGGGGUACGAAAAAAUCGACCCGAACACGCGCGAGCAAAUUGGCUUCUGCGAAGUAUACGCGACCGUCAAGGACGGCUAUCGGCAGAGUGUAGCGAGCGCGUUCUUGGAACCGAUGGAGAAGCGAGCGAAUUUGAAGAUCAUCACCGAAGCGCUCGUGGGAAAGGUUUUAAUUGAUCCCAUCACUCGCGAGGCUUACGGCGUGGAAUAUGUUCGAGAUGGCAAACAGUUCACGGCCACGGCGCGGAAGGAAGUCAUCAUUUCAGCGGGCGCAUGCAACAGUCCUCAAAUCCUUAUGUUGUCGGGAGUGGGCCCGCAGCAACAUCUGCACGACCUGGGGAUCAAACCCAUUCACGAUCUUCCAGUUGGCCAAACUCUGUACGAUCACAUCGUCUACAUUGGAACGGCGAUGACAAUUAACACGACCACGAGUUUUAACAUACAAGCAGCUUUGCAGUCGACCAAGGACCUCGCCAAGGACUUACCCAGGAUUCCUCUAGUAGAGGCCUAUGCUUACAUCGCAACUAAUGAAUCGGAAAACAAGAACUAUCCAGACACAGAAAUACACUUGGUGCCCAUCAAUCCGAUGGCGAAGCGCUUCCUGAGCCUUCGAGAGGAAGUGUAUCAGGCAAUACUCUCACAGGUAGAAAAAGGCAACGGCGUCGCUUUAAUUCCCAAACUGCUUCAUCCCAAAUCCGUCGGAUACCUUCGGCUAAAAUCGAGCAAUCCAUACGAUUACCCCUUAUUUUACCCGAACUACUUCAGCGACCCGGACAACGUCGACAAACGAACAUUAAUAGCCGCGACGCGAUUCAUUUACAAGCUAUCGCAAACAAACGCCUUCAAAAAAAUCGACCUUCAAUGGCACGACAGGCAAGCCUCGGGAUGUGAGGAAUUCGAAAAGGACUCCGACGAAUACUGGAGUUGCGCGUUGGAGCUGCUCACCACGUCGGGAUUUCACCAGACGUCCACGUGCAAAAUGGGCCCGGCGAACGAUCCCAUGGCCGUCGUGGACAACGAGCUGAAGGUGUACGGCAUCGGGCGGCUCCGAGUCGCCGACGCCAGCGUGAUACCCAUACCAAUGUCCGACCAUCUGAACGCCCCCACGAUUAUGAUAGGAGAAAAGGCCGCCGAUUUCAUUAAAGCGGAUUGGAAGAACGGCGAUCAGUCCUGUCUCGAUAGCGAAGAGGACGACAAUGAGAUAUGUCACCGCUUUUAGGAUCUGACACCAGAAGGCGCUGUCACGAAAAAUAGUCCUUUAUAUAAAGUAAAAUUAUUUACUUAUUUCUCCACUUGAAUUUCCUCCACGUUAAUUGAGUCGUUUACAAGCCCUUAGUAAGAG